AUGGACGAAGAGCGUGUUGAAAAGACAGCGGCUGUGAAGAAGACACCUCGUCAAGCUGCGUCAAGUGUUGAAGCAAGUGGAAGACCAAGCUUCGCUCUACCGGUGGGUACCGGUAUGUACCAGUAA